AAUCUCUCCGCGCGCAUCUCUCACUUUGUGAGCACAAGCGGGCAGCGAUCGCGCGACCGCUGGCCACCGUGCAAAGCUCUGAAAGCGGCUGGGCAGCGCUGCAGGCAGCCAAAGGCUAGACGCUCCAGCAUCUGCCUUCAUAGCAAGCACAAACAAUCGCAUCCUCCAGCUCCGAGCAGCAUAGCUCGUAAUAACAGCUGACAAUGCGCCGGCCGACAUGGACCGACCCUGACAAGGACAAGGAGUCGCAGGCGGCCGCCAGCGACGACGCCUCGGACGACGACGGCAUCGAUCGCAAUCCCUGCAAGUUCCCCGAUCUACUGUUUGCUAUCGCCUUCUCCGCGAUGGUCGUUGCCAUGAUCUACGCGGCCUUCUACUACCAGUAUGCAGGGCGGGUAGAUUUCGAUGAUUUGGCAAGCGAGGAUGCCGCCGGAAAUCUGUUCUCGUUGCUGAUCGCGUGCUACGCGUCCGCGGCCGUCGUGAGCCAGCUCGUAGCGUCGAUCGCGCUGCGGUCCGGAACUAGCGCACUGGACGUGCUGCUCGGCGCGUCCAACGCCCUCACGCUGGCGGGCUCGGUGCUCGCGUUUAUCUUCGUCGGGCCUUGGACGGGCUGCGGUUUAUUAGCAGUGUUCCUCGUGGGGGGCGCGUUCCAGGUGUUCGGCCGGAGCGAUCGCUCGGAGUUUGCGGCGGCAACCGUGGCGGUCGGCUGCGACGCGGCCUUGGAAUAUCCCGAAAUGGGCUGUGAGGCGGCCGUCGGCCUCGAGGGUGGCGCGUUUUUUCUGACGGUCGUGGCUACGCUGCUCUUCGGUACUUUUUCGGUGGCGGCCUUCGGCUACUACGCCUUCGAGGUCCAGAAGAGCGACGACGAUGAUUGGGACACGGCGCUGUUCCUCGUCUGCCUCGCGUUCGCGGCGUGCUUCUUUUGGGCUUCUCAGGUGCUCAAGUAUGUCAUAACGGCCGCGACCGCGUCGACGGCGAACAGCUGGUGGUUCGGGAAGGACGUGGCGCCGCUUUCCGCGUUUUGUCGGGCCGUGACGUAUCACUACGGCGCGAUCUGCUUCGGGGCGUUAGUGGUCGCGCCGAUCGAAUCGAUCGCGACGUCGAUCAAUUCGAUGAAGCGAAUGAGUGCGCGGGCCGAGAGCGGCGCGGUGAGCUCCGUACUCUCUGGUUGCUUGUGUUGCGUGACGACAGUCUUACAGUGCUGCGAAAGUAUACUCGACUACUUUAACAAAUUUGCGUUUGUGCUUCCCCGGCGUCCUCACGCCACCUCCACGCCAUCGACGCGACGCGUCCCACGCGCAGGUCCUCGUCGGCAUGCGCGGCGCCUCAUAUGCGUACGCGAGCCGGCAGAUCGUGGCGGUCUUUGGGAGUCAAGGAUGUAUUGCGGCUGGCGCCGACUUCUAUUCAGAAUCUGUGGUAGCCUUGUCGAGCAUCAGCGUCGGCGCCGUCACGGCGGCCUUCGCCGUCGGACUGGGGGACGACAGUACGGAGCUGGAGGAAGGCAUCUCCUCGACGUCGGCCGUCAUCGCCGUCCUCGCGGGCGCCGGCGGCUACUGCGUCGCGGCGACGGCCUUCGCGAUCGUCGAGGCCUGUGUGGAAAUCAACCAGUGAGUAGGCUAUCUUCGUCGACCUCCACGCCAUCGAGCAGAUGCAGUUCCGGGGACACCGUCGCGUCGAUGGCGUGGGGCGCCUGAAAUUUGAUCCACACAGGUCGAGGCCGCGGGAAAGGCCGCGCUCGUCUUAUACCUCGAGGACCCCAACGCUCUAAAGCGCACGCAUGAAAGCGACUUCGACCGGCUCUCAGGCGUCUGGCACCUCCUCGGCAAGGAGGUCGCGACCGUGCCCGAGGAGUACGAGCCGCUCCAGGCGCCCAACGACGGGUUCACGUAAUAUGUAUAUUCUUAGCCAGAGC